AGACCUCGCGUCAGACGACCGCAUAGGGCUGGGCGGUUGCGCCGUUCUGCACAGGCAGACCGCAGACCCGUGAAUUCGGAACAGCAGGGCGCGGUUUUCUCCAGCAAAACCAAAGAACGAGCCCUUCCUCCUCUCCCGCCCGCCCUCACCCAUCCCCCUCUCCUUCCGAGGCAAGACUAGGGUUUUAGGCGCCGGGCAUCACGAUGUACGGCGGCGGCGGCGGUGGCGGCGGACAAUACAGCGGCGGCGGAGGCGGACAAUACGGCGGCGGUGGCGGAGGUGGGCACUACGAGGGCGGCGGCGCCGAUAACUCCAGUACCCUCUUCAGCGGCGGCGGCUUCAUGCCCUCGCAGGCCACCAACACCCCGGAGGGCAGCAGCAGCUUCCCCAGGACUCGCAACGCGCAGACGCUGCUCCCGGUCACCGUGAAGCAGCUCAUGGACGCCUGCCAGAUAAAUGAUGACAGGUCCAGUUUCGCUGUCAAUGGAACAGAGUUGUCCACGGUUAGGCUUGUAGGACGCAUGUUGAAUAAGACUGAGAGAGUGACAGAUGUAUCGUUCAUUCUUGAUGACUGUACAGGCCGGAUAGAUGUUAAUCGCUGGGAAAAUGAGACGUCUGACACGAAUGAAAUGAAUGAAGUAAAGAACGGUGACUAUGUAAUUGUUAAUGGUUGUCUGAAAGGCUUUCAAGGGAAGCGCCACGUGAAUGCUUAUUCUGUGCGGCUUGUAACCAACUAUAAUGAUAUAACACAUCACUUUCUGUACUGCAUUUAUGUGCAUUUGGAUCUCUCCAAGUCUAAGCGCCAGUUAAAUGCUAAAACAGGAACAUUGAACCAAGCUCCCGUCCCUAAUAAUCAGGCGCCAACGUCCUCUGCAUCCGGAAAUUCGACUGGGACAGAGUUAUCCAAAUUGGUCAUGAGUGUAUUUCAUGAUCCCGUGCUUAUAAACGUGGAGCAUGGAGUAAGUGUGCAACAGGUCGCAGAUCGUCUUAAACUAUCAGAGGAACUGGCCAGGUCGACUGUUCAAGAACUUGUUGAUCUUGGCAACCUCUAUUCGACUAUCGAUGACAAUCAUUACAAGUCUACACUGAAUGGUUGAUUAUCUUUCGAGCCCAUGCAUACAUGCAGGUGUUAGUUAAUCUCCUGAUGUGGAGCUAUUAAGAAAUGUAAGCACUUUGCGAGAGUUGUUUUUGCAGAGUGUCUCAUGGCGCUGUCGCAAGGAGAGCAACGUAACAGUUGCUAUCUAAGUAGUUGCUCCUUAUAUAAUGAACAAGCGUACGUUAGAUCUGAGAGCUUCUUUUGUGUUUGCUACCUCAGUACCUCCACAACAUCUAUGAUAUGUUUUCUGCAAUUUUAGUAUCUCUUGGUCUUA